AACUGUCACACUACUUCUUCACUGGCGUGGAGUGAAUGCAAGUGAAGCAAUACAAAGCAGGCAGAAAUGGCUUCCUUCUCCUCUCUCUCGAAACCCAUUUCACGAACCCCCAAAAAUCCCACUUUUUUCCUUUUGUUCCCCAGCAAUCUUGCACUUCCACGAUUUUCAGUCGCCAAUCCUACAUCUACCUCAUCCACGUUCAUUCGAUUAUCCACUUCCCUUCAUUCAAAUCAGAUCCAAACUUCUCCGGGAAUUAUUGCAAAGGCACAAGCUUCUCAAUCAUCUGCAGAUGUCACACUUCUGUCCUGCUAUGAGGCCAUUGAGAGGCUAAGAGCAAGUAGGGAGAGUUACCCAAAGAAGGAGCAAUAUCUGGCAAUGUAUUCUAGCAUUUUCGGAGGAAUAGUAACUGAUACAGCUGCCAUGGUCAUUCCCAUGGACGACCACAUGGUGCAUAGAGGACAUGGUGUUUUUGAUACUGCUGCCAUUAUGGAUGGCAGCAGAAGAUGGAGAUGAGGGUAAUGAAGAUAGCGUAUGGAUGGAGGGGCGAAGAUGGAGAUGAGGGUAAUGAAGAUAGCGUAUGGAUGGAGGGGUGGUCGGGAAGGGGCGUUAAAGCCACUACCAACAAAGAUGAGUGUGAUCAAACCCAGACUUACUUAUCUAGGGGUUUUAGGGGUAGUUGAUAAACUCCACGAUUAUGAAAGCGCAAGCUCCGACAGACGACACUUAGUUAACAAAAAAAGAAUAUCACUCCAAGCUAAGGCUGGUGUGGGCCCUUGUGCCUUGGAUAAUCAUAGGCAGAUUUUUUUUUGAUGAUUCAGGUGUCGGUGCUUGCACUCCCGUAAUCCUGGAGUCAUUGGGAGCAAGACCUCCCUCAUCUCCGCUAUUUGUGCCUAGCGGAUUUCGAACUCGAGACCUCCACUAGACCUGGGUAACCUCCCAUCCAGCGAGCUGGAAUGCUUGGUUAUAGGCAGAAAUUUUGAUCUUAUUGCAUGUGGUCCAGUAAUGUCAUGUCAUCGCUGCCCGCAUCUUUACGAGCUGGAUGAACACAUUGAGCGGUUGCUGAGAUCUGCAGCCAUGGCCAAAAUAAAACCUCCCUUUGAUAAAGAAUGCAUCAGGAGGAUACUCAUCCAGACAGUAAGUGCUUCCAAGUGCAGAAAAGGUUCACUAAGAUAUUGGCUUUCUACAGGACCGGGCGAUUUUCAAGUAUCACCAUCAGGUUGCCACCAAUCAGCUCUUUAUGCUAUUGUAAUACAAAAGCAAUCACCAUCAAAUCACGAGGGUGUUAAAGUAAUAACAUCAUCCAUCCCAAUAAAACCUCCACAGUUUGCUGUGAUGAAGAGUGUGAACUAUCUUCCUAAUGUGCUUUUGAAGAUGCAAGGAGAAGAGAAGGGUGCAUUUACCGGGAUAUGGUUAGAUGGAGACGGGUUUAUUGCUGAGGGACCGACAAUGAAUGUCGCUUUUGUGACCAAGGAAAAGGAGCUUUUGAUGCCUGACUUUAAGAACAUUCUUAGCGGGCUUACCGCUAAACGGGCUUUAGUACAUGCUCAAGCUUUGGUAAAAGACGGUAUAUUACGCUCCAUUAGACUAAGUAAUGUGUCUGUUGAUGAGGGAAAGAGUGCAAGGGAGAUGAUGUUAAUUGGCAGUGGUGUUAUAGUCCAUCCAGUGGUGCAGUGGGAUGACCAGAUCAUAGGUGAUGGUAAAGAAGGUCCAGUAACUCAAGCUUUACGAAAUCUCAUCUUGGAGGACAUGAAGUCAGGUCCGGCCACCAUCCGAGUUCCUGUUCCAUACUAAACCGUUUCCUCCGAGAUUACCUUUAUCUCUGCAGGGAUGUCCCUAUCUCAUGAUCCAAGUCUUCAAAAUUUUAAAACAAACCAAAUUGUGAAAGUGGAACAUAUAUAUUGGAAAGUCUUGAACACUCAUGCUGGAAUUGCUGGGCACUUUGAAGUUUGCCAAGUCCAAUUUAAAAUAUGACUGCCUGGUUGGUGUCAAAAUUUCUGUCUUAGAAGAGCCAAACUUAAAUAUUUCUUUGUACAAAAAAUAAUCAUGUAUGAAUGAAUAAGAGAAUUUAAUUGUCUUUAUAUCUUAAUUUGCCAUAAUGUUGACUGUUGAGUGCUAUGAAACCUCAUAAAAUAAAUAAGGGUACGGUAUCUACAAUACAUUUAAU